AUAGUCACAAGGGGUGUUUCGAUUUGUCGGGCUCCAUCGUGGAAGGAGUGAUUGAUUCUUCAUCAAGGCACAAUGGUUUAUCUGUUUGUUUCGAUGAAUUAGUCUCAUGUAGCCACACAAGUAACUUCAUUAGUGGGCGAUUAGGCAGCGAGCUUUUCUCUGACACACGAUGGAUUUUUUGCUUCAAGUGAAAAUAGGUGCUCUCGUCGGCUUGUUGCUACUAACCCUUUUUUUUGGAUUCAUCCCCGCCAGAGUCAAAUGGUUCAGAGACACAAACGGGACAGAGACUCAUCGCACAGUUUUGAGUCUGAUAAGCUGCUUCGCUGGUGGAGUUUUUCUGGCAGCAUGUUUGCUCGAUAUCAUUCCGGAUUAUCUGGCAGACAUCAACGCUGUGCUGGACUCCAACAUGAUAGAGAUAGACUUCCCCCUUCCUGAGUUCAUCAUGGCUGCAGGUUUCUUCACAGUCCUGAUAUUGGAAAGGAUCGUCUUGAACUGUCGGGAGACUAGGGGGACUCUGGACGAGCAGCAACCCCUUGUACAGGAAAACAGAAAUGGCCACAACCACGUCCACGGUGCUACCAGGAGUACAGAUCUGGAGAGCAGCGGCCACCACGUCCACGUUGACUUUGAGGCUCACUCACCUUUUCGCUCGUUCAUGCUCUUUCUCUCGUUGUCGCUGCACUCAAUUUUUGAGGGGCUCGCUAUUGGGCUACAGAACACUGACUCAAAGGUGUUGGAGAUCUGCAUCGCCAUUUUAGUACAUAAGAGCAUCAUCGUGUUCAGUCUAUCAAUCAAGCUGAUCCAGAGUGCAAUUCGUCCCAUGUGGGUGGCCGCUUACAUUGGAGUGUUUGCCGCCAUGUCCCCAAUAGGCAUCGCCAUCGGCAUCAGCGUGAUUGAGGCUCAGCCACCUGCCGGCACACUCAUCCAGUCCGUCCUGGAGGGCCUGGCCGCGGGGACCUUUAUCUACAUCACCUUCCUGGAGAUCCUCCCACAUGAGCUCAACUCCCCCGGGAAGCAGAUGCUCAAGGUGCUCUUCAUCCUGCUGGGCUUCAGUGUCAUGGCCUCACUCACGUUUUUGGGCUGAGAGCACGAGAUGGUGACCAUUGUGUUUGGUGAUGUGACGUUUUUCUCCAUGCCAAGAGAGCGUUUUGGCCGCAGGUCCUGGGUUUUCACAUCAUUUCAUUAUUGGAACAUUUUUUUAAAGAACACUGUAAUGCUUGAUUAUUUUAGACACUUCAGUAUACAUUUUUAAAGAUGUUUGGGAAUGAUUUGUAAACAUGACCUAUUUUACUUUAGUUUCAUGGCCUGUUUAAUGAUUAAGUAAGGCAAGGGUAAAACGGGGUGUAUCCGAAUUUUCAUAUGACUGGCAUUCAUUUUGAACCCGCCUGAAGAAACCAAUAGACUUGUUAAAGGCCUUACCAUGUGUAAUAACAUAAUUUCAUUCCGUUAUGUGACAUUAUCAACUAUUUCAAUCUGUACGUGUGGUUUUUGGAAUCAAAUGAGAAGUUUUUGCCCUAAAGGUGCCUUCUCUUUUGCUUAAAAGAAUGUCCUUUUUUGUCAUUGCUGCUACUAGUCUAUCACUGACCUCAUGACAUUUGUGCUGACGUUUUUUUUUUCUUUAGAAUGCAUUUUUAGCUGACUGAUUAUAUUUUGUUGUGCAUAUUAUUUGUAAAAGAAAACUUAAGUUUGAUUCAUUAUCUGAACUUUGUAGACGAUCCUUCCUAAUACCUGAUGCAUUUUGAUCCCCCCCAAAAAUAGAGUGCAAUCAAGAGAAAACAUGAUCGUUGUUAUUUGUACUUUUUUUUUUUUUUCAUCAUCAGUGAGGAAGACUAAUACAAUGUACCAAACAUUUCAAUUCACUUCAUUUGUUUUAGUCUCAAUAAAUAGAAGUGUCAUACCAGCACAUUUUCUAAUUGUGUUCAACAUACAGUAUUACAAGUUUUAAGGACAUAUUCACUCCUUUUAAUGACAGAUAAACCUGUUUUUACAUCUUGGUAAAAUAAAUGUUUUAAAAAGUA